AUGGCAGACGAAAAGGCUCUUGAUCCUGAUGCUUUGGCGGGGGAUGCCCAUGUGGGGAAUGAGAAUCCACUAACCAAAAAGUUGGCGGCGCGACAACUCGCAUUUUUAUCAGCGAUCGAUGUGAUCAUCGCACGGUUGGACCGACUUCUUUCAACCGCAUCCGGGCAAGAAAGAGCACUCGCAACAGUCGACUAUGUUGCUUCGACAUUACAUCAUCUCUGCGCAUCAGCUCCAUGGGCCAGCUUCCAAGCCCGGCUAGCUGUCCUGACACGACUCAAAGGUCGAGCAACACAACUUUCAACUCUACCCUCUUUAAAAUCGCGAUUCAAGGCGCUCGCUACACUCGUAUCGGAGACUCGAUAUACCCUCCGCCUAUUUGAACUAAUUCCACUCUGGGUAUGGGGAUCCGAAACGCUCAAACAUCCACCGUCUGAUCCUAUUAUUCACGCCCUCACCAUUCUACAAAUCAUCUCCAACGUCGUCUACCAGUUCCUCGAGAACGUGACAUAUCUAGCAUCCAAGGGUGUGAUCUCAAAACGAUAUAUCAACAAGUACGGUGGCCAUGAUAAAUUGGAGAUCUGGAGCAAUCGUGGGUGGUUCGGACAUGUGUUUCUCCAAUUCUUUGUGCUUUGGAGAGAACAUGUCCUGCGCAAGCAACGUUUGGCGAAGCGUGCGGCAGCCGGUGAUAUCGACAUCAAGUCGAUCGAAACAGAAGAGACAGCCCUUCGUGUAGAGAUUCGUUCAUGGCGUAAACGUCUGUUGAACAACAUCAUUUGGACGCCUCUCUGUUUCCACUGGUGUUUUGAGGAGGGCGUGGGCAUUCCAAGCAGCUUUUCUGGUCCUAUCAGUUUCAUGGCUGGCGCAUGGACACUGUCUGAUAUGUGGGCCGCAACGGCCAAUGCUUGA